AUGAGGUGCCACGUUGCCACCAGCUGCCAGGUGGUAUGGCUGUUUGUGCUGAUCUCUGGAUGCUGGGGCCAGGUGAACCGGCUGCCCUUCUUCAUCAACCACUUCUUCGACACGUACCUGCUGAUCAGCGAGGACACGCCUGUGGGUUCCUCUGUGACCCAGUUGCUGGCCCGAGACAUGGACAAUGACCCGCUGGUGUUUGGCGUGUCUGGUGAGGAGGCCUCCCGCUUCUUUGCUGUGGAGCCUGACACAGGAGUGGUGUGGCUCCGGCAGCCACUGGACAGAGAGACCAAAUCGGAGUUCACAGUGGAGUUCUCCGUCAGUGACCACCAGGGGGUGAUCACGCGGAAGGUGAACAUCCAGGUCGGGGACGUGAAUGACAAUGCGCCCACAUUUCACAAUCAGCCCUACAGUGUCCGCAUCCCUGAGGACACACCGGUGGGGACGCCCAUCUUCAUCGUGAACGCCACAGACCCCGACCUGGGUGCCGGCGGCAGCGUCCUCUACUCCUUCCAGCCCCCCUCCCCGUUCUUCGCCAUCGACAGUGCCCGCGGCAUCGUCACGGUGAUCCAGGAGCUGGACUACGAGACGACGCAGGCCUACCAGCUCACCGUCAACGCCACGGAUCAAGACAAGACCCGGCCUCUGUCCACCCUGGCCAACUUGGCCAUCAUCAUCACAGACGUCCAGGACAUGGACCCCAUCUUCAUCAACCUGCCCUACAGCACCAACAUCUAUGAGCACUCUCCUCCGGGCACCACCGUACGCGUUAUCACCGCCAUCGACCAGGACAAAGGACGCCCCCGGGGGAUUGGCUACACCAUCGUCUCAGGGAAUACCAACAGCAUCUUUGCCCUGGACUACAUCAGUGGGGCGCUGACCCUGAAUGGUCUGCUGGACCGGGAGAACCCCCUGUACAGCCACGGCUUCAUCCUGACGGUGAAGGGCACAGAGCUGAAUGAUGACCGCACCCCCUCCGACGCCACCGUCACCACGACCUUCAACAUCCUGGUUAUUGAUAUCAAUGACAACGCCCCAGAGUUCAACAGCUCCGAGUACAGUGUGGCCAUCACUGAGCUGGCGCAGGUCGGCUUUGCCCUCCCCCUCUUCAUCCAGGUGGUGGACAGGGAUGAGAACCUGGGCCUGAACAGCAUGUUCGAGGUGUACCUGGUGGGGAACAACUCCCACCACUUCAUCAUCUCCCCCACCUCCGUCCAAGGGAAGGCGGACAUUCGCAUCCGGGUGGCCAUCCCCCUGGACUACGAGACCGUGGAGCGCUACGACUUCGACCUCUUUGCCAAUGAGAGUGUGCCCGACCACGUGGGCUAUGCCAAGGUGAAGAUCGCCCUCAUCAACGAGAAUGACAACCGGCCCAUCUUCAGCCAGCCGCUGUACAACGUCAGCCUGUACGAGAACGUCACCGUGGGGACCUCGGUGCUGACAGUGCUGGCAACGGACAAUGACGUGGGCACCUUCGGGGAAGUCAGCUACUUCUUCAGCGACGACCCAGACCGGUUCUCUCUGGACAAGGACACGGGACUUAUCAUGCUGAUCGCCAAACUGGACUAUGAGCUCAUCCAGCGCUUCACCUUGACCGUCAUCGCCCGGGAUGGGGGCGGGGAGGAGACCACAGGCCGGGUCCGGAUCAACGUGUUGGACGUCAACGACAAUGUGCCCACCUUCCAGAAGGAUGCCUACGUGGGCGCCCUGCGAGAGAAUGAGCCUUCCGUCACACAGCUGGUGCGGCUCCGGGCAACAGACGAAGACUCCCCUCCCAACAACCAGAUUACCUACAGCAUCGUCAACGCCUCCGCCUUCGGCAGCUACUUCGACAUCAGCGUGUAUGAAGGCUAUGCAGUGAUCAGUGUGAGCCGCCCCCUGGAUUACGAGCAGAUACCCAACGGACUGAUUUAUCUGACGGUCAUGGCCAAGGACGCUGGCAACCCCCCUCUGAACAGCACUGUCCCUGUCACCAUCGAGGUGUUUGAUGAAAAUGACAACCCUCCCACCUUCAGCAAGCCUGCGUACUUCGUCUCUGUGGUGGAGAGCAUCAUGGCAGGAGCCACGGUGCUGAUCCUGAAUGCCACGGACCUGGACCGCUCCCGGGAGUACGGCCAGGAGUCCAUCAUCUACUCCUUGGAGGGCUCCUCCCAGUUCCGGAUCGGCGCCCGCUCAGGUGAGCUCACCACCACCUCCCUGCUGGACCGUGAGACCAAGUCUGAAUACAUCCUCAUCGUACGAGCAGUGGAUGGGGGCGUGGGCCACAACCAGAAAACUGGCAUCGCCACCGUCAACAUCACCCUCCUGGACAUCAAUGACAACCACCCCACCUGGAAGGACGCUCCCUACUACAUCAACCUGGUGGAGAUGACCCCUCCAGACUCUGAUGUGACCACGGUGGUGGCCGUGGACCCGGACCUGGGGGAGAAUGGCACCCUGGUGUACAGCAUCCAGCCGCCUAACAAGUUCUACAGCAUCAACAGCAGCACAGGCAAGAUCCGCACCACCCACGUCAUGCUGGACCGGGAGAACCCCGACCCCCACGAGGCGGAGCUCAUGCGCAAGAUCAUCAUCUCCGUCACGGACUGUGGCAGGCCCCCUCUGAGAGCUACCAGCAGUGCCACGGUGUUUGUGAACCUCUUGGACCUCAAUGACAACGACCCCAUCUUUCAAAACCUACCUUUUGUGGCUGAAGUACUUGAAGGCACCCCUGCGGGGGUCUCCGUCUACCAGGUGGUGGCCAUCGACCUGGACGAGGGCCUGAACGGGCUGGUGUCCUACCGCAUGCAGGUGGGCAUGCCCCGUAUGGACUUCCUCAUCAACAGCAGCAGUGGCGUGGUGGUCACCACCACCGAGCUGGACCGCGAGCGCAUCGCCCAGUACCAGCUGCGGGUGGUGGCCACCGACGCGGGCACGCCCACCAAGAGCUCCACCAGCACACUCACCAUCCGAGUGCUGGACGUGAACGAUGAGACGCCCACCUUCUUCCCGGCCGUGUACAACGUCUCCGUGUCCGAGGAUGUGCCGCGGGAUUUCCGCGUGGUCUGGCUGAACUGCACCGACAACGACGUGGGCCUCAACGCUGAGCUCAGCUACUUCAUCACAGGUGGAAACGUGGAUGGGAAGUUCAGCGUUGGCUACCGCGAUGCCGUGGUGAGGACAGUGGUGAACCUGGACCGGGAGACCACGGCCGCGUACACACUCGUCCUGGAGGCCAUUGACAAUGGCCCCGUGGGCAAGCGGCGCACGGGCACCGCCACCGUGUUCGUCACCGUCCUGGACGUGAAUGACAACCGGCCCAUCUUCCUGCAGAGCAGCUACGAGGCCAGUGUCCCCGAGGACAUCCCUGAGGGCCACAGCAUCGUGCAGCUACAGGCCACAGACGCCGACGAGGGCGAGUUUGGGCGUGUGUGGUACCGCAUCCUCCAAGGUAACCAUGGCAACCACUUCCGUAUCCACGUCAGUGACGGGCUCCUGGUUCGAGGGCCCCAGCCCCUGGACCGGGAGCAAGACUCAUCCCACGUGCUGAUAGUGGAGGCCUAUAACCACGACCUGGGCCCCAUGAGGAGCUCCGUCAGGGUGAUUGUGUAUGUGGAGGACGUCAACGAUGAGGCCCCGGUGUUCACACAGCAACAGUACAGCCGCCUGGCACUUCGAGAGACUGCAGGCAUUGGCACGUCUGUCAUCGUCGUCAAAGCCACAGACCGAGACACUGGGGACGGUGGCCUGAUAAACUACCGCAUCCUGUCGGGUGCCGAAGGGAAAUUCGAGAUUGACGAGAGCACGGGGCUCAUCAUCACCGUGGAUUACCUGGACUACGAGACCAAGACCAGCUACCUGAUGAAUGUGUCCGCCACCGACCAGGCGCCCCCCUUCAACCAGGCCUUCUGCAGCGUCUAUAUCACGCUGCUCAACGAGCUGGAUGAGGACGUGCAGUUCUCCAACGCCUCCUAUGAGGCUGCCAUCAUGGAGAACCUGGCCCUGGGCACCGAGAUUGUGCGGGUCCAGGCCUACUCCAUCGACAACAUCAACCUGAUCACCUAUCGCUUCGACGCCCACACCAGCGCGCAGGCCAAAGCCCUCUUCAAGAUAGACACCUACACGGGCGUGAUCACAGUCAAGGGCCUGGUGGACCGGGAGAAAGGCGACUUCUACACCUUGACGGUGGUGGCGGAUGACGGCGGCCCCAAAGUAGACGCCACUGUGAAGGUCUACAUCACUGUGCUGGACGAGAAUGACAACAGCCCUCAGUUUGACGUCACCUCCGACUCGGCUGUCAGCGUGCCAGAGGACUGCCCCGUGGGCCAGCGUGUGGCCACUGUCAAGGCCCAGGACCCUGAUGCCGGCAGCAACGGGCAGGUGGUUUUCUCUCUGGCCUCGGGCAACAUCGCUGGGGCCUUUGAGAUCGUCACCACCAAUGACUCCAUCGGCGAAGUGUUCGUGGCCAGGCCCCUGGACAGAGAAGAGCUGGACCACUAUAUCCUCAAGGUGGUGGCAUCUGACCGGGGCACCCCUCCACGGAAGAAGAGCCACAUCCUGCAGGUGACCAUCCUGGACGUCAAUGACAACCCCCCAGUGAUCGAGAGCCCCUUCGGAUAUAAUGUCAGCGUGAACGAGAACGUGGGCGGGGGCACUGCCGUGGUCCAGGUGAGAGCCACUGACCGUGACAUCGGGAUCAACAGCGUUUUGUCCUACUACAUCACCGCGGGCAACGACGACAUGACCUUCCGCAUGGACCGCAUCACUGGGGAGAUCACCACGCGGCCCGCCCCACCCGACCGCGAGCACCAGAGCUUCUACCACUUGGUGGUCACCGUCGAGGACGAGGGCACCCCUCCACUGUCGGCCACCACUCACGUGUAUGUGACCAUCGUGGACGAGAACGAUAACGCACCUGUGUUUCAGCAGCCCCACUACGAGAUCUUGCUGGAUGAGGGGCCGGACACGAUCAAUGCCAGCCUUGUCACCAUCCAGGCGCUAGACCUGGACGAAGGGCCCAAUGGCACAGUGACCUACGCCAUCAUUGCAGGCAACAUCAUCGAUACUUUCCAUAUUGACAGACACACGGGUGUCAUCCGUGCUGCCAAGGAGCUGGACUAUGAGAUCUGCCAUGGCCGCUACACCCUGAUCGUCACAGCCACAGACCAGUGCCCCAUCUUGUCCCGCCGCCUCACCUCCACCACCACGGUGCUUGUGAACGUGAAUGACAUCAACGACAACGUGCCCACCUUCCCCCGGGACUAUGAGGGGCCGUUCGAUGUCACCGAGGGCCAGCCGGGGCCUAGAGUGUGGACCUUCCUGGCCCAUGACCGGGACUCGGGCCCCAACGGGCAGGUGGAGUAUAGCAUCGUGGAUGGAGACCCCCUGGGGGAGUUUUUGAUCUCUCCUGUGGAGGGUGUGCUGCGGGUCCGGAAGGAUGUGGAGCUGGACCGGGAAACCAUUGCCUUCUAUAACCUGACCAUCUGUGCUCGAGACAGGGGGGUGCCCCCACUCAGUUCCACGAUGCUGGUGGGGAUUCGGGUGCUGGACAUCAAUGACAACGACCCUGUGCUGCUCAACCUCCCCAUGAACGUGACCAUCAGUGAGAACAGCCCCGUCUCCAGCUUCGUCGCCCACAUCCUGGCCAGCGACGCUGACAGUGGGUGCAAUGCCCUCCUCACCUUUAACAUCACUGCAGGCAACCGGGAGCGGGCCUUCGCCAUCAAUGCCACGUCAGGGAUCGUCACCGUGAACCGGCCCCUGGACCGCGAGCGGAUCCCAGAGUACAAGCUCACCAUUUCCGUGAAGGACAACCCGGAGAACCCGCGCAUAGCCAGGAGGGAUUUUGACUUGCUGCUGAUCUUCCUUGCGGACGAGAAUGAUAACCACCCCAUCUUCACGGAGAGCACCUACCAGGCAGAGGUGAUGGAGAACUCUCCUGCUGGGACCCCCCUCACGGUGCUCAACGGGCCCAUCCUGGCCCUGGAUGCGGACCUGGACGUCUAUGCCGUGGUGACCUACCAGCUGCUGGGUGCCCAGAGCGGCCUCUUUGACAUCGACAACAGCACAGGCGUGGUGACAGUGAGGUCGGGUGUGGUCAUUGACCGGGAGGCCUUCUCACCUCCCGUCUUGGAGCUGCUGCUGCUGGCUGAGGACAUUGGGCUGCUCAACGGCACAGCUGACCUGAUCGUCACCAUCCUGGAUGACAAUGACAACUGGCCCACCUUUAGCCCUGCCGCCCUCACCAUCCACCUGCUGGAGAACUGCCCCCCAGGAUUCUCAGUCCUUCAGGUCACAGCCACAGAUGAGGACAGUGGCCUCAACGGGGAGCUGGUCUACCGGAUAGAAGCGGGGGCUCAGGACCGCUUCCUCAUCCACCCGGUCACGGGGGUCAUCCGCGUGGGCAACGUCACCAUUGACAGGGAGGAGCAGGAGUCCUACAGGCUGACCGUGGUGGCCUCCGACCGGGGCACCGUGCCCCUCUCUGGCACGGCCAUCAUCACCAUCCUUAUCGAUGACAUUAACGACUGCCGCCCCGAGUUCAUCAACCCCAUCCACACCGUGACCGUGCUGGAGUCCGCCGAGCCCGGCACCGUCAUUGCCAAUGUCACCGCCAUCGACCGUGACCUCAACCCAAAGCUGGAGUACCACAUCGUCAGCAUCGUGGCCAAGGACGACACAGACCGCCUGGUGCCUGACCAGGAGGACGCCUUUGCUGUGAAUAUCAACACAGGGUCUGUUUUGGUGAAGUCUCCCCUGAACCGGGAAUUCGUUGCUACCUAUGAGGUCACUCUCUCGGUGAUUGACAAUGCCAGCGACCUACCAGAGCGUGCUGUCAGCGUGCCAAAUGCCAAGCUGACAGUCAACAUCCUGGAUGUCAAUGACAACACGCCCCGGUUCAAGCCCUUUGGGAUCACCUACUACACAGAGAAGGUCCUGGAGGGGGCCACCCCGGGCACCACGCUCAUCGCUGUAUCAGCCGUGGACCCCGACAAGGGCCUCAAUGGGCUGAUCACCUACAGCCUGCUGGACCUGAUGCCCCCAGGCUACGUUCAGCUGGAAGACUCCUCGGCAGGGAAGGUCAUUGCCAACCGGACGGUGGACUAUGAGGAAGUGCACUGGCUCAACUUCACGGUGAGGGCUUCAGACAAUGGGUCCCCGCCCCGGGCGGCCGAGAUCCCCGUCUACCUGGAGAUUGUGGACAUCAACGACAACAACCCCAUAUUUGACGAGCCUUCCUACCAGGAAGCCGUCUAUGAGGAUGUGCCCGUGGGCACAGUCAUCCUGACGGUCACUGCUUCUGAUGCCGACUCGGGCAACUUUGCCGUCAUUGAGUACAGCCUUGUGGAUGGAGAGGGCAAGUUUGCCAUCAACCCCACCACGGGCGACAUCUAUGUGCUGUCCUCCCUGGACCGGGAGAAGAAGGACCACUAUAUCCUGACUGCCUUGGCCAAAGACAACCCUGGGGAUGUAGCCAGCAACCGUCGAGAAAAUUCGGUGCAGGUGAGGGGUGCCAGGUUAGGCCAGCGACUCCCGGGAAUGGGGCUGUGUAGGCAGCAAGAAGAGCCGUCACCUGAAGAUGAGGGCUCCAACGGGGAAGUGACCUACUCACUUGAGGGCCCUGGUGAGGAGGCCUUCCACGUGGACAUGGACUCAGGCCUGGUGACCACAAAGCGGCCAUUGCAUUCCUACGAGAGGUUCAACCUGACCGUGGUGGCCACCGACGGCGGCGAGCCCCCGCUCUGGGGCACGACCAUGCUCCUGGUGGAAGUCAUCGACGUCAAUGACAACCGCCCUGUCUUUGUGCGCCCCCCCAACGGCACCAUCGUCCACAUCAAAGAGGAGGUCCCGCUGCGCUCCAACGUGUACGAGGUCUAUGCCACAGACCAGGACGAGGGCCUCAACGGGGCCGUGCGCUACAGCUUCCUGAAGACCACAGGCAACAGGGACUGGGAGUACUUCACCAUUGACCCCAUCAGCGGCCUCAUCCAGACGGCGCAGCGCCUGGACCGUGAGAAGCAGGCCAUGUACAGCCUCAUCCUGGUGGCCAGCGACCUGGGCCAGCCAGUGCCUUAUGAGACCAUGCAGCCCAUGCAGGUGGCCCUGGAUGACAUCGAUGACAACGAGCCCCUCUUCCUGAGGCCUCCAAAAGGCAGCCCCCAGUACCAGCUGCUGACAGUGCCCGAGCACUCACCGCGUGGCACCCUCGUGGGCAAUGUGACCGGCGCCGUGGACGCAGACGAGGGCUCCAACGCCAUCGUGUACUACUUCAUCGCAGCUGGGAACGAAGAGAAGAAUUUCCAUCUUCAGCCUGACGGGCGUCUGCUGGUGCUAAAGGACCUGGACCGGGAGCGCGAAGCUGUUUUCUCCUUCAUCGUCAAGGCCUCGAGCAAUCGCAGCUGGACGCCUCCCCGGGGACCCGCACCGGACCUGGACCUGGUCACGGACCUCACCCUGCAGGAGGUGCGCGUCGUGCUAGAGGACAUCAACGACCAGCCCCCGCGCUUCACGAAGGCUGAGUACACUGCAGGAGUGGCCACUGACGCCAAGAUGGGCUCGGAGUUGAUUCAGGUGCUGGCCCUGGACGCAGACAUUGGCAACAACAGCCUGGUCUUCUACAGCAUUCUGGCCAUUCACUACUUCCGGGCCUUUGCCAAUGACUCCGAGGACGUGGGCCAGGUCUUCACCAUGGGGAGUGUGGAUGGCAUCCUGCGCACCUUCGACCUCUUCAUGGCCUACAGCCCCGGCUACUUUGUGGUGGACAUUGUGGCCCAGGACCUGGCAGGCCACAACGACACGGCCAUCAUCGGCAUCUACAUCCUGAGGGAUGACCAGCGCGUCAAGAUCGUCAUUAACGAGAUCCCCGACCGCGUGCGUGGCUUUGAGGAGGAGUUCAUCCGCCUGCUCUCCAACAUCACCGGUGCCAUUGUCAACACUGACGACGUGCAGUUCCACGUGGAUAAGAAGGGUCGGGUGAACUUCGCACAGACAGAGCUGCUCAUCCACGUGGUGAACCGAGAUACCAACCGCAUCCUGGACGUGGACCGGGUGAUCCAGAUGAUCGACGAGAACAAGGAACAGCUGCGGAAUCUUUUCCGGAACUACAAUGUCAUGGACGUGCAGCCUGCCAUCACUGUCCAGCUGCCCGAAGACAUGUCUGCCCUGCAGAUGGCGAUCAUCGUCCUGGCCAUCCUCCUCUUCCUGGCUGCCAUGCUCUUCAUCCUCAUGAACUGGUACUACCGGACCGUACACAAGAGGAAACUCAAAGCCAUCGUGGCUGGCUCCGCAGGGAACCGUGGCUUCAUCGACAUCAUGGACAUGCCCAACACCAACAAGUAUUCCUUUGACGGGGCCAACCCAGUAUGGCUGGAUCCUUUCUGCCGGAACCUGGAGCUGGCCGCCCAGGCCGAGCACGAGGACGACCUGCCGGAGAACCUGAGCGAGAUCGCAGACCUGUGGAGCAGCCCCACCCGCACCCACGGAACUUUUGGACGUGAGCCAGCAGCAGUGAAACCUGACGAAGACCGCUACUUGCGGGCAGCCCUCCAGGAGUACGACAACAUUGCCAAGCUGGGCCAGAUCAUCCGCGAGGGGCCCAUCAAGGGCUCGCUGCUGAAGGUGGUCCUGGAGGAUUACCUGCGGCUCAAAAAGCUCUUUGCACAGCGGAUGGUGCAAAAAGCCUCCUCCUGCCACUCCUCCAUCUCCGAGUUGAUCCAGACGGAGCUGGAGGAGCCGGGGGAGCGCAGCCCGGGCCAGGGCAGCCUGCGCUUCUGCAAGCCGCCUCCGGAGCUCAAGGGGCCCGACGGGAUCCACAUGGUGCAUGGCAGCACGGGCACACUCCUGGCCACUGACCUCAACAGCCUGCCUGAGGACGACCAGAAGGGUCUGGGCCGCUCACUGGAGACGCUGACAGCGGCCGAGGCCAGUGCCUUCGAGCGCAACGCCCGCACGGAGUCCGCCAAAUCCACGCCCCUGCACAAGCUUCGAGAUGUGAUCAUGGAGAGCCCCCUGGAGAUCACGGAGCUAUGACUAGAUGGGGGAGCCUCACCGGUGUGAGCAGCGCCAGGACCGGGGGGUGCGGACCCCUCCAAGCCGACCCUGGCUCACGACCGUGGCUUGGUCAAGUGGUGGCAGCCUGCUCUCUGCAGCUCAGACGCCACUGCUGCCAGGCACUCAUUCAGCAUCUGAUCUCUACCUUCAUAAAAUCUGUUAUUUUUUUAAGAAAACCAAACAAGAAUGUUAAGUGUCUAAGGACAAGGUAAGGAGCAUCCCUGGGGGACAGGAGUACGGACCAACUCAGCCCGGGCUGAGCUGAGAGGCCAAGCAGACGCCCUUCCCCUCUCCGCCCCUCCCAGCCCAGCCUGGCCUUGACUUCUGUUCAAGUCUCACGCGUUUCUGCCAUGUCCGACCGGACACCAGGUGGGGCAAUGAGUGGCCCCUGCCUCCCCCCUGGACGAGGUAAUCAUCCACGAACCACGUGCUCUCCAUGUCACUGGCUUCCCCAACGUACCGGCUCAAAAGGAGAAAUGACUGGUGUUCCCUUGGUUUUGAAUGUAGAGUGUUCGUGUGUAUUCCUUUUUAAACUAAGUUAUUCCCUCAA